AUGACCGGGACGGCGGUGAAUCCAUUGCUUCGCGCCGCGUACCUGGCUCGACGAGGAAUUCACGACGUCACGCUCGUCAUUCCUUUUCUGGCGCCUAACGAGCAAAAGCUCGUGCACCCCGGAAUGAUUUUCAACACUCCGGAGGAACAGGGCGAGUACGUCAACAAGUGGGUCGAAGAACGUUGCGGAUUUAAGCCGCAAAUGAAGCUGUCGUUCUACCCGGGGAGAUACGCGACGGACAAGUACAGCAUCAUUCCGGUUGGCGAUUUGACGUCGUACAUUCCGGGCGAUCGCGAAUCAGACAUAGCGGUGUUGGAGGAGCCCGAACAUCUCAACUGGUACCACUCCGGCGAACGAUGGACGGACAAGUUCAAGCACGUCGUGGGCAUCGUGCACACAAACUACCUGGACUACGUGCGACUCGAAGAGAAUGGCGAAAUCAAGGAGAAGGCUUUGAAGUUUGUGAACAACGUCGUCUCGUCGGUGCAUUGCCACAAGGUGAUCAAGCUCUCUGAUGCGGUGCAAGAGUUUCCAAAGAGUACGACGAUGAACGUGCACGGCGUUUCGCCGAUCUUCCUAGACGUCGGCGCGAAGAAGGCGAUCGAGGCGACGAAAGAGAAAGACGUCGAGAUGAAGAGAAGUAAAAAACCCGUGUUCACGAAAGGAGCGUACUUUCUCGGCAAGGUUGUGUGGGGAAAGGGCUACAAAGAGCUUCUCGACCGCGUCUCAGAGCACAACGUGAGUGAAGACGGACGCGAGUGCCCGCUAGAGCUCGACGUGUUUGGCAACGGCGACGACUUCGCCGAAGUCAAAUCCAACGCCGAAAAGAUGAAGCUGCCACUGCAUUUCCACGGCCGCAAAGACCACGCCGCGUCGGACAUUCAUGACUACAAAGUCUUCGUCAACCCAUCGCUUUCCGAUGUCGUCGCCACGACGACCGCGGAGGCGUUGGCGAUGGGCAAGUUUGUCGUGUGCGCCAAGCACCCGAGUAACGAGUUCUUCUCCACCUUCCCCAACUGCCUCGUGUAUAACACCCCGCAAGAGUUCACCAAGUGCGUGAAGCAAGCGCUUACGUCCGAACCUGCGCCUCUGAGCGCGCAGGACUCGUACAGGCUGUCUUGGGAAGCCGCGACGGAUCGAUUCCUAGACGCCGCCGAGUUGAGCCCGCGAGACGUCAACCCGUCUCUCGGCGACAAAGCUAAGGAAACGUUCGCGCACGCCAUGCACACCACAAUGAACAAAAUUGAGCCCAUUCGUCGCGCCACGGGCGCUGGCAACAAUACGCUCAAAGCUCCGGAAAAACUCGAUGCGUCGUGGGUCCCGGAACCUUGGGAUUCGUCCGCGCGAGACUCCAAUCGCAAAUCGUAA